AUGGUCCAAACACGCACCCUAGUCGGCCUCGGCGGCGUCGCAGGUCUCGUCGGCCUGGCCAUUGUCCAGCUGGGCAACCAGUCCUCAGACCGCCAGUACAAGAAGACUCUGCAGUACAUGCACGAUGGGCGGGAAAAGAUCGCCGAGAAGUUCGAUCAGGCUACCGGUGGUGCGCCUCCGAAGAAAUGA